AUGGCCACCGAUAAGGCUAUUGCGCAAAAAGAGUCUGCAGUGUAUUGGGUCCCAGAGGGGUAUUGCCGCAAGGCCCGCAAGGACGGCAGCAUCCAAAAUGCCUCCUCCGCGUCAAUCCCGCUGUCCUUGUGUGCAUGGCGAGAGCCAGGAAUCAUGUCUGGCGCCAGCUCCGGCGGACAGCCGGCCUUCUUCAGCCCUUGGGAGCCGAUGCCCGCUUUUGCGAUGCAACCCUCGGACACGGCUCUGGCUGACCGCAUAAAGCUGCUGGUCAAGUUCGCUAGCACCAACGGGCCUAGCUUUAUAGAUAUGAUGCGGCAGAAGCAGGCGGGCGAUCCCAAGUUUGCAUUCCUGACGAAUGGCGAGGGGUCGGAUUUUUUCCGAUGGUUCCUAUAUGCCACUGUGUACCAGCUGCCCGUGGACCGACCCCUGCCAGUUGGAGCCUAUCCUCCCCACGCGGCCGCGGCCGCUACCGCGGCGGCGGCACCGCCGCCCUCAGCGCACCCGCCGUACCAUCCCCCUGGGACGGGCCCUGGGGCUCCGGGCCACCAUCCCCUGGCCCCACACCCCCACGCUCCACCUUUCCCGGGAGGCUUUUUCGCACCGCCACCGCCGCAUCCGGCGGCGGCGCCACCGCCACCACCGUACGGCGCUCCGCCACCACACCCAAUGCUCCAUCAAGCCCUGCCGCCCGUGUACCCGCCGCGGGCCCCCCUCCACCAGCCCCAGCCGCCGCCGGCUCCGGCGCCGCCACCUGCGCCACCGCCCAGUACGGCAGCAGCAACGCAGCCGGCUCCGGAACCGCUGCAACCGCCGUCAGGCGGCGGCAUUUCAACGCCCUCAGCUCCAUCUUCCGCCGCUGCGGCGCCGUCGUCAACCUUUGGGUUACCCCCCGAUAUCGCCAAGGACUUUGCCGCCGUUUUGGAUGGCCUCACGUCUUCCAAGGACUCCAUCAAGUCCGCAGCCGCCUGGUUCAUGUCUCAUCAGUCUCACGCGCCCGGCCUGGCGCUGACAGCCGCCUCCAGGGCCACCAGCUACAGCGACUGUGAGAAGCAGCUCCACCUCAUCUACCUGGCCAAUGACGUGCUGUUCAAGGGGUUAGCCCAGCGAAUCAGUCUUGGCCACUCCACCGACGACGUCGCCGCCGCCUUCCAAACCGUCAUUGGCGCCAUGCUUGCGGCCGCGUACAACACGGGGGGCAGAUCGGCAAAGAUCCGAGAACGGCUGGAUAAGAUUCUCAGGUUCUGGAGCGAGAAGCAUGUGUACGACGUUGACACGAUGACCAUGAUUGAGGACGCGGCUUUCAACACCGACGACCCGGCGGCGUUGCUUCAGGCCGCGCAUACGGAGCCGCCACCGCCGGCGGCGGCAGCGGCGCCAUGGCAGCAGCAAUCACAAUCGCAGUCGCAACAGCCGCUGCCGCCGCAAGGGCAGCCAGCGCCGCCGUGGAUGCAAGCCGGCGGCCCGGCGGCGGCGGCGGCACCGCCGCCGCCAGGCACCUCCGGCGGCUGGGGUCCGCCGCCGCCGGGAGCCCCCACUGGGCCGCUGUCCGCUGCAGGGCCUUGGGGAACGCCGCCGCCGCAGGCGGCGCCGUAUGGCCAUCCAGGGUUACCGCCGUACAGUACCCCGCUCGGUGUGCCGCCGCCGAUAUCGCAACAACCGCAGCUAAGUACGCCUGGUAUGGCAACGGCGGCGGCGGCGGCGGCGGCGGGGACGGCCAUGAUGCCGGUGCCGCCGACGGGCCUGCCGGGGCAGCCGGGGUCGGCUCCGCCGCUGACCGGAGGCGCGGCGGCCUCCUCGGGAGGUGCUGCUCCGCCCGUUUCGAGUCUUCAAGCCAAGGCUGCGCACAUCGCCGCAGAGCUGGCGGCGGCGGCGGCCGCCGCCGCCGCUGCCGCCGCCGCCACCGUUGGUGUCGUACCUCUGGGCAACACCAAGCCCGUGGCGCCGUUACCAGGACCGGACCUGGCCGGUACGCCUGUACCCUCCACCAACUUCCCGCCGGGCCUUAUUCCCGAGCUGGUUAAGGAGAAGAAUCGUUGCGAGGUGCCGUACACACCGUUGGAUCCAGCAGACAUUGAUAAAGCCGGUCUGCCUCCACCCCCCGAGAAGGACUCGUACCUGCUGGCCAGACUGGAGCGGUUCUACGCGGACCUCAAGGAGUACCGACCCGGGCUGAGCAGGGCGGACCUGGAGGACGCCAUACGGGGUGGUCGUAUUCGGUCCCGAUCAGAGGAGCCCGACGACGUGGACGGCGCAGGCGGGCGACGUCGAGGCCGGGGGGCGGCUGGAGUCCUGGAUGACGGCUCCUUUGCGGGUGGUCGUAAUGUGUCCAAGUAUGCGGGUCUGGGCGCUCACAACGCAGCCGACGACGGCGCUGGCGGCGGGGGGGGUCUGGGCUCAGAGGGACCCGCAGAGGACGACAUGUAUUCGGAGUACCGGAAACAACGGUCAGGGACGUACCACGAGAUGAUCUUCAAGUCCUCGGCGGCAGCAGGCGCUUGGCGGUGAAGAAUUUCACAAGGCGGGGGGGGCGGGGGCGGGGCGGCUGGUUUGAGAGUGGUGACGAGAGAGUAUGGCGCGUUUUUGUGCGGCUGUAGCACAGUGGUGACGGUUCAGACAACGACGUAGAAAAACACUAGGACGAUAUGUAGAGGCCAUGUGUGUGUGUGUGCGCGUGCGUGUGUGCGCCUCUGGUUGUUGUGUUGGUGGUGCUGCUCUGUCGUUUAGGUUUUAGGGAUAAGAGGUGGUGAAAAUGGUGGGUGGGUGGAGCUGUGAUUGGGAGAGAGUUGUUUUUUAGCUGCUCUGGGGUUGUUGCAGCAUGCAGGGCUUGGGUGGUGUGGUGGUUGGAGGUGAAGGUGGAGGGGUGGGGGAGAACGUGUAACGAGUGGUUCGCUC